AAAUUAUUCAAGGAAAUAUGUUUAAUAUAAAUAGCUGCUAUGUAGUGGACUAAGAUAUAUCCAGUCUGAUCUUCUAAGUAUUAGGACUGAUAAUUGAUGAACAAAAUGGCCAAGUUUGCUUGUCUUGUCUUGUGCGUGGUGGCUGCGACCUUGGGUAGCAUUCAUGUUGCCAACGGCGAGACUCUCCGGGAGUCUCUGAGACCCGUGAUAGUGGCGUGCUCCAAAGAGCAUGGAGUCACUGACGAAGAGAUCCAGGCUGCUAAGGAGGCAGGCAGCCCCGCAAGUAUUAAGCCUUGUUUCAUCGCCUGUGUAUUCAAGAAAGCUGGAUUCCUCGACGACCAAGGCCAGAUAGACAUAGAAACUGGACUAAAGAACCUCAAGCAGUUUGUGAAGGACGAUGAGCAGUACAAAAAGCUGGAGGAGGUUUCGAAACUGUGUUCAUUUGUGAAGGACAAAGUAGUGAGUGAUGGAGCAGCUGGAUGCGAGAAAGGUGCUCUCCUGGCUGGUUGCUUCUUGGACCAUAAGACUAGAAUCAUCAUCUAAAUGGAUUUGACACGGACCUGCUAUAAUGAUUGGAGCUAAAAUUAUUCUGCAGCCAAUAAAAGGAUUAUUUCAGCCAUGUUGAAGCAUUAUCUAUGUUUUGUAUAAUACCACAGUUCUAAACAUCAGAUUAAUAAAUGUAACACGUGCUUUGAUAAAGAAUAUUCUUGUCACUAUCGCACUUACGGAUUUCUUUAUGUGCAAGACGGAGAUAGAAAAAAUCUUAGUCAAAAACGAAUUAAUUUGUGUUUAGUUUUUUAGAAAUUAUUUCAUGGUCUGUGCUCCUAAUCUGCAAUGAUAAUCAUUAGCUCCUUUGUUUUGUUUUAUUUGAAUAAAUUGAAUAUUUUUGA